ACAAAACAUGUGCGAUUGUUUUCUUGUGCACGAGUACAUCGAAGUAUACACACGGUCGGAGUGCACGGCUCCACGAUCAGAAUAUUUUUUAUUAGAAGAGCCGAAGCUCUUGGAGGAAUUAAAAAAAGUGUUUUUGUGAAGAAGUUUAAUACUUGAAAGAUGCGUCGACUCAAAAAGUAUGCCUCUGGAGAAGGUGCCAGUUACAUUACCCGUCGACAGGCUCUGCGAAAACUGCAGCUAUCGUUGAAUGAUUUCCGUCGUCUGUGCAUCGUCAAGGGAAUUUAUCCGCGUGAACCGAAACAUCGUCGUCGUGCUCAACGUGGUUCAACCGACAUCAAAAUCCUGUACCACACAAAAGACAUCAAAUUCCUGUUGAGUGAACCGAUUGUGUGGACACUUCGUGACUAUAAGAUCUUUAAUCGCAAAGCAGGCAGAGAUCGUGCUUUGAAGGAUUUCCGUGCAUUGAAUCGUCGUUUAAAGGCUAAACCAGAACUGAAGUUGGAUCACAUUGUGAAAGAGCGUUACCCCACAUUCAUCGAUGCCAUCAAAGAUUUGGACGAUUGUUUAACGCUUCUGUUUCUGUUCAGCACAUUUCCGUCAUUGAAAUAUGUGCCCAGAGAGCAAUCGGCAUUGUGCCGUCGAUUGACCAUUGAAUUUUUGCACGCAGUCAUUGCCUCAAAAUCGCUACGUUAUUGCUUCAUUUCGAUCAAGGGUUACUAUUUCCAAGCCGAAAUCAAAGGACAAAAAGUGACAUGGAUGAUUCCACAUUAUUAUCCGUUCCAGCCACAGUCACGUUCCGAAGUCGACUUCCGAUUGAUGUCAAUCUUCGUUGAAUUCUACACAAUUAUGUUGGGCUUCGUAAAUUACCGUCUAUACAAUCAAAUGAAUUUGGUCUAUCCGCCACAAUUCCCAACGAAUCUGUUCCAAGACACAGAAGAAUCGUUGAGCGACGAACAUGCAUUUGUGUCAGAACGAAUUGCUGCAUUGAACUUUGACUUGCUAAAAAUCGAUCCAACGGUCGACGAAAACGAAGCCGAUGACGAUUUGAAUAUCGAUUUGCUCGAGGGUGAGAAUGAAUCCGAGCAAAUAAAACAGAUGAAAGAAAAGGCGGCCGAAGAAAGAAAGUUGCGUAAACUGUUCAAAGGAUUGAAAGUAUUCAUAAACAGAGAAGUACCGCGUGAGCCAUUGGUGUUUUUGAUUCGUUGUCUUGGCGGCAAGGUGUCAUGGGAUAAAACAUUGUUUGUUGGAGCCACAUUCGAUGAAUCAGACGAAACGAUCACACAUCAAAUUGUCGAUCGGCUAUCCGUUGGCAAGCAGUACAUGUCACGCGACUAUGUCCAACCACAAUGGGUUUUCGACUGUGUAAAUCAACGCACAUUGUUGCCAACGAAUAAGUACUUUAUUGGCGCCGUUUUGCCACCACAUUUGUCACCGUUUGUUGAUCCAAGCCGUGAAGAUGUCUAUAUUCCACCAGAAGAAAAGUCUCUGCGUGAUCCAUCGGCCAUUGAAAAACAUCAGCAGAGCUCUGACGAAGAGGAGGAUGAGCCAGAAGUAAAUAUCCCUGAACCAGAACGUGAUGGUCUAUUGGAAGACGCGUACCGUAUGGAAAAAGAAGACGCCGGUUCAGAUGAAGAGAUCGAAAGUGAUGGCGAUAAUGCUGCAUACAAAGAAGACAGUGACUUGGAUGAAGAUGACCAAGAUUUUGAUGGACAGAGCACCGAAAAGCGUGCCAAACAAAAGGAAGCAAAACAAAAAAUGGCCGUACAGAGUGGUAAAGUACACAGAGAAAGCCAACGGUCAAUUAAAAAGCAAGAGAUCGAGGAGCAUCGGUUGAAAGCACGCAUGGUCAAACCGAGACAUCGCAAACUCUUCUCAAAACUCAUCAACGAAAAACAAGAGAAACAAAAGGAAAAUUGGCUACUCGAAAAGAAACGGAAACGCAUCGAUGCUGCGGCCAAAGAAGAGAAAAAGAAGAAGAAAAUAGAAAACCGCAAGAAAUUAGUAGCUCAAUGAAUCAAUUUUCUCUUUUUUCAACUUUUUUUCUGUUUAUUCUAUUUACUCUGAAUAAAUCAUAUGAAAUAUUAUAUAAAAAUAA